AUGGCUGUUCCGGCCCCGGUCUCGACCGUUCCGACCAGACCGGUUCACAUUGUCUUUGUUGGCGCUGGCGCCGUGGGAUGCUUCUAUGCAUCUAGGCUUCAUCAUCCGGACAGCAACAUCCAUGUGUCCCUGAUCGGCCGAUCGAACUACGCCGCCUUGGCCAAGAACGGCGUGCAUCUAGAGACGCACUCGUUUGGCGACUACGUUUUCCGGCCCCACGCCGUCUUCCCGUCUGUGAAGGCGGCGACACCAGUGGACCCAGACAGCAUCUCCGAGACCGACGACGAAGACGAGGACGAUCCCGGCAGAGACGGCAGAAAUGGAUACGGCUCGUCUCCGAACCCACCCCGAGAGUGGGACUUUGUCGUGGUGACGACCAAAGCGCUGCCCGACCUCGGCGACGAUGCGGCGACGAUUGUGCCGCUGGUGGGUCCCAACACGAGCAUCGUGCUCAUCCAGAACGGUGUCGGGGUGGAGGCACCGUACCGACGACGCUUUCCGCAGACGCCCAUUGUGAGCGCCGUGACGGUUGUCAGUGCCGAGCAGAUACGGCCGGGCGUGAUUCGGCAGAACCGGUGGACACGGCUGCACCUAGGGGCAUACACAUAUUCGGCCGAGUCCAAGGCGCCGCGGUCGCUGGGGCCAAGCCGGGGUGGCUCGUGGGCGGUGGCGCCGGAGAAGGAGUUGACAAGGCGCGGCAGCGAGGCGGUGGCCCGGCUGGCCGACUGGUGGACGCAUCUGGGUGGCAUCCGGGACAUUGAGCAGCUGGACGAGGUCGGGCUGCAGACGGUGCGGUGGCACAAGCUGUGCAUCAACGCGGCCUUCAACCCGUCGGCCGUGCUGUCGGGCGGACGAGGCAACGCCGACAUGGCGUCGGAUCCAGAACUGCGCAUUCACCUUGGCGGCGUCAUGGACGAGAUCUGGCAGGCAGCGCCGCGCAUCCUCGGUCGACCGUUUCCUGAGGGCUUGGCCCGACCCGACCGCAUUCUCGCCAGCACCGACCGCAACAAGGGCGCUCGGCCCAGCAUGUUGCUCGACUGGGAGGCUGGUCGGCCGCUCGAGCUCGAGGUCAUUGUCGGGAAUCCCGUGCGCAUUGCCCGGGCCCGCGGCGUCGACCUACCGCGCAUGCAGACGCUGUAUGCGCUGCUGCGCAGUACCCAGGCCAUGCGGGAGAAGAAGAUGGCUCCGGCGAAGCUGUAA